AUGAGGGCACGCGGGGAUCAGAGGGAGCCUGAAGAGGGCCGCCGCGCCGAACUGCUGCACGCGCUCACAUGGAAGCGCCUCGUAGCCGCAAAGAAGAAAGGCGCCAAGAAGGUGAACCCGACAACGCGCGACGGCACAGGGAGCGCGGAGCCACUCGCAGAGUCCGCUGGAACACCGUCACCCUCGCGAGGCUCGGACACAAACCGGUGCACGUGCACCCCGCACGAGACCUGCUCUCGCCCGCGCAGAGUCGUUGGUGCAGGUGCCUCCACAGGUCAGCUGCUCCUCUGUCUCUCUGACUUCCUGCGCCGCCGCUGCUCCCGCCUCCAGCAGCUCUCCUCCAGCGAGGUCAUAUCCUGGCUCCGCGACGUCGACCGCACCCUAUUGGUCCAGGGCUGGCAGGACCAGGGCUUCAUCACCCCGGCCAACCUGGUGUUCGUGUACCUGCUGUGCCGGGAGGCGGUGGACGCGGAUAUCUCCUCGGAGGCGGAGCUUCAGGCCUGCGUCCUCUGCUGCCUCUACCUGUCCUACUCCUACCUGGGCAACGAGAUCUCCUACCCCGUGAAGCCCUUCCUGGUGGAGGCCAGCCGGGACGCCUUCUGGCAGCGCGGCCUGGCCCUGGUCUCCAGCCUGAGCGCAGACAUGCUGCGCAUCAACACAGACCCGCUCUUCUUCACACAGGUGUUCCAGGACCUGAAGAGCCAGGGGGGGAGAGAGGGGGAG